AAACCCGGAAGAUUAAAAGGAACGGAGAGUGUUUAUUGUUGCAGACGAUCAAUGCUCAGCGAAGCUACCGCACUGUGAAUUCAACUUUCUCCUUCCAUGAUGGUGAACUACUGGGAAGUCGUAGUUUUCCUCCUACCAGUGUGCCUAGCCCUACCGGAAGAUAUUGAUCCACACAUGUAUUGUACAGGAUGUGUGGCUACCAUGAAAGAAUUGGACAAGUUACUGUCUAAUCUUCACCGUAGCAGUGAUCCAUAUGAAAUGCAUGUAAUGAACUCGGUGGAUGAUGUAUGUGAUAAAGAUCAUUUCAAAGCGUAUGAAUACAUCCCUCCUAAGAUGGUUAAGGCAUGCAAGGUGUUAAUGGAUAAUCAUGAUGAAGACAUUGAGCAAUAUUUACUUACACAUCCCAAAUAUGAAGAUUUAGAGAAACAUGUCUGUUAUGAUUUGUCUGAAGCAUGUUCAGAAGUAGACAGAGAUUACAAGCCACCUUCAUUACCUAAAACAAUCCAUACUCAUUUUGAUGGAGACAGGCAGGAAUUACCAGUCGAUGAACGAGGAAGAGUUGGGCUGAGUGGACAAGAAGUUCAAGAUGAUGAAGAACAGACCAGGGAAAAAAGAAAACAGGAGGAGAAGGCAGAGAAGGAAAAGAAAAAAAAUGAUAAGAAACAGAAAAAAGACAAAAAAGAAAAGAAAGAUAAAGGAAAAAAGAAAGAAAAGAAAGACAAGAAAAAACAAGAGAAAGAGGAACUUUGAUCUCAAUAAUUUAGUUAUUUAUAGUUAAAAAAAAACAAAACAGUAUAAAAUUAAAAUAAAGUUGAGCAGAGUGAAUAUUGAAUGUUGCAGAAAUAAACUAAUUUAAAAAUCUGAAUUCAUUAUAAAUUGUUAUUAUAGUUGCUAAAUGUAUGUUUAUUAUGAAAUGGAAAAAGUGAAUUUAUUGGUCUAUUUUGAUGUUGUAUUGUGAUGUUUCAUCUUCCGGCUGAAUUCAUUCUACAGCAAAAACUACCAAAUACAUACAAGCUCCCUGUCACAUGUAUUAGUCAACAUUGUUAAAUACUGUGAAAAUUUGAUCCACUGCAUCGUAGUGAUGACAUUGGUUAAAUAAACCUUUUUUUUUUCAAA